AGAUUAUCGACCAACCACGCGCACGUAUAUCGAACGGCCAUAAUGGAUUUGGCCUUCGUGGUAUUGACCGCAGAACAUCGAUAACUUCGAUCGAAUUUUUCCGCACGCUUUCUGGAGGAUUGUUAGAAUUUGCCUCAAGAGCGUCAGUUUUCUUCUAUUCUGGAUGCUAAAUGACUGAGAGGUCAUUUCAGUCACUAAUUAGUGGUAUUUCCUUGCAUGACGAAACUACUCUCAAUAACAUCUCACUGAAAGCUGCACUUGACAGUCAAAAUUUUGAUCUCAAUGGACAGAGUCAUGAUGAUGGAUUAUCUAUGCCUGGGAAAGGAGUGAAUAUUGUCUCAAAACCUAGGAUGCUACCUUCUGGAAUGUCAGCUAGUUCAGGUUGUGGAACACUUACUAUGGCACCUGUUCCUAUAGGAGCUCUUGCCCCAGGUAAAAUUGGUCUCCCUCUUGGUGAUUUAGAGAACAUCCCUAUUUUUAACACUGGGGAUGCGGGGUCACUUGAACUUCAAGCACUGCAAGGUGGUGCUCAAGCUUUACAGGGUGUCCAAACCGUUAAGUUGACAUUCAUUAACUGUGGAGAUCAGCAAACCAUUCUCCUCACCACUCCUUCAACUCAUUUUACCAUGCCUGAUCAAAGUUUGGAUGGAAUGACGCUCACUUUGCCCGACAAUUUGUUGGCUACUGAUCUUAAUUUUGCGGGCCUUACAUCGAUGCAACUUGGAGAACUAACGGGUGGGAAUGACAAAGCUAACGUAUCUGAUAGCUCAAAAUCAACAAACUAUGCAAAUAUGACUUCACUCCCGCCUAUAACUUCAGUGUCAGAUAAGCUUUACAGUCAAAUGGCAAAUGAAAAUGAUACGAUUCAGCAAAGCCACAGCUAUGCUAUUGAGGAUUUAAAGCCAGUAAUGCAAAAGAACGGUGAAAAACUGCAUGAGAGUAAUCCUGCCUAUGGACAUACUAAUCAACCUGGUAGUCUUAAUGUAUCACCGGCUGUCGUAACAUCUCAAAAUACGUUCUCUCAAACCAUGGGUGUUAAACCUAUGAAGUUAAUUGACCAAGGCAAUAUGUCUCCUAUUCCUCAAGUUGAUGGAAGUGACCAAGAAGGUAAUGACCAAAACUUGCCAGAUGAUAUGAGCGAGCUAAACACUAAGGACUUAGCUCAGAGGAUCAGUGCUGAACUAAAGAGGUACAGCAUUCCUCAAGCAGUAUUCGCACAACGCGUUCUGUGUCGAAGCCAGGGAACUCUUUCGGAUUUACUGAGAAACCCUAAACCAUGGAGUAAACUUAAGUCGGGACGUGAAACCUUCAGGCGCAUGUGGAACUGGUUAAACGAACCAGAAUAUCAACGAAUGUCUGCAUUACGUCUAGCAACAUGCAAACGAAAAACGGAAGAAACGCAGAAAACGCAAGAUGAGCGUACUUCAAAAAAGCCUCGACUUGUUUUCACUGACAUUCAAAGACGCACGUUACAUGCUAUUUUUAAAGAAACUAAACGUCCAAGCAAAGAGAUGCAAGCAACUAUUGCUCAGCAGUUGAAUUUGGAAGUUUCCACAGUUGCAAACUUUUUCAUGAAUGCUCGCCGCAGAUCUUUAGACAAAUGGGUAGAUGACAAAGAUGUUCAGCUGACAGCUUCGACAUCUUCCCCAGUUCAUAGCUUGGAAGGUUCACCACCAAACCACAGCACACGUAUGUCUUCACAUAUGGUUGAUCAUUGUGCUGUGCGAUCAGCACACGAUACGAUAACGACGUCACAUCUUCCAGACUCUAUGAAUGAUUCUGUUCUUAAUCGAAUUCCAGGUUGCCACUCGGCUCUGUCAACUUCUGUUGAGCUUUCAUCUUCCCCAGCACCGCCAAGUUUAACUCCAGAUCCGUCAUUAUCCAUGAAUCAUUCAGAUGUUCAUCUAAAUGCUCCAUGCCUUGUCAACGAAGAUGCACGUAAUAGCCUUCUUUUAUCAUCCAAUGACUCAAAUGUGCUACCAUCUCAGCUGCUGAACCAUUUGGUCGUUGGUGGGCAAAACGCUAUGCUAGUAACUCAAAAUGUUAGCCCAGAUGCCGAGAAAAGUAUAAUGCAUUCCACUCCACUUUCGUCGUCUUGCAUUACGUCAUCUGGUCUUUCUACAAUAAAAUCGGCUUUAGAUUCUUUAUGUGAUCCCCCAUCUUUGUCACCCCACUCUCAUCUCCCUCCAGCUCCCGUUGAAACGCUGCACAAUAUUCAUCCUAUUCCACGUUCAAUGGCUCAUAGAUCAACGGCUGAUGCUAAUCACGUUUUGCCUUCUGCUUCAACACUGAUCGGUCACGAUCGACUUAUCGUCGAUUCCAUUGGUCAGUCAACAACCACAACAGUCCUCACUUCUUCCCAUAAUCUGGUUGACACUCUAGUUCUUCGUAGUAAACAGGAAGACCUAAAUUCCAGCCUAAUAAUCAACGCUACACUAAAUUAACUUACAUAUUUAUUGAUAUAUCAUGUUUUCAUAAUAUUUUCAAGUGCUGUGUAUGUUUCUUCCCACACUUUGUGUUUAUUGGUUCCGCAACUGUGUGAUUAUGGACUCAUUUUCUCUAAUUUCUAACAUUGUUUUUUUAUGUCCACUGUAAUGUUUAAUACUUCAAAUGGGAGUUUUCCCCAUUUUCAAAAGGUGCAAUAUUCUCUCUCCACAGCCACAGUACUGGCCAUAAUUUCGUUCGAAAAGUGUACAGUUUUAUUUGUUAGUUUUGUCUUGUUGCUUCUUUGUUUUUCUCACUUGAUCAGGCGUACUUUAUUAAAUCUGCUUUAUCGAAAAAUUAAUAUCCUGGAUUUUCUGCUAUCUAUCCCGCAAAUUUAUUGCAUUUAGUGCGGGUACUGCAGAUUUUUGUUAGGAUAUCGAGUAAUGUCUACUCUGAUGGCUUGGUUAUUGUGUAAUAGGUUGAUUUUCAAUCCGUAGACAUUUCCCACGUUAGGUUCUUGUUGUCACUUGCGCUGUCAUUAAUCUAUGUUUCAGUCCUAGUUUUAUAUCUAGACUGCAUUCUAAUGUAAGUUAAAUACUGCCUUCAACUCGGAAUUGUUAUUCACAUACUAACUUUUGAUUUUUGGGUUAAUUAUCCAUUAAUUCGUGAUACAUGUAACUCGGUAGCUUCUGUAUUCAUGUACAUUGACCGUCCCCUGGUUUUCUCCUACUUAUUAUUUGUUAUUGACACGGUAUAUCCAAGUGAGGAUUAAUUACCACAAAAUAAACUAACAAUACGCUAAA